UAUGUGCAUUAUAAGAUGUCUGUAGUGCCUGAUCAUACCUUUGUCAGUAAGAAGAGUCUCCAUGGAUCCAUUUGUGGUCGUGGUUCUUAGUCUGUCCUUUCUGCUUCUCCUCUCAUUUUGGAGACAGAGCUCUGGAAGAGGGAAGCUCCCUCCUGGCCCCACUCCUCUCCCAAUUAUUGGCAAUUUCCACCUGAUAGAUAAGAAGAAUAUCCACCAAUCCUUUAGUAAUUUUUCUAAAACCUAUGGCCCAGUAUACACUCUGUAUUUUGGCUCACAGCCUACUGUGGUAUUAUAUGGUUAUGAGGCAAUAAAAGAAGCCCUCAUUGACCAUGGAGAAGAGUUCUCUGGAAGAGGAAGGUUCCCGAUGUUUGAAAAGGUUUCUAAAGGAAAGGGCAUUGGCUUUAGCAAUGGAAAUGUAUGGAAGGCCACAAGGCUCUUCACCGUCAAUACUCUGAGGAAUUUGGGAAUGGGAAAAAGGACCAUUGAGGAAAAAGUGCAAGAGGAAGCACAGUGGUUGGUGAAGGAACUGAAGAAAACAAAUGGCUCACCCUGUGAUCCCCAUUUCAUUAUGGGAUGUGCUCCCUGCAAUGUCAUCUGCUCCAUUAUUUUCCAGAAUCGUUUUGAUUAUGAAGAUAAGGAUUUUCUUAGCUUGAUAGGAAAAGUGAAAGAGUGUAUUAAAAUUUUGAGCACUCCUGAGUGUCAGAUUUUCAAUGCAUUGCCUGUACUUCUUAAUUAUUGUCCAGGAAUUCAUAAUAUAUUUUUCAAAAAUUUUACAUAUAUUAAGAGCUAUGUUUUAGAGAAAAUAAAAGAACAUGAAGAAUCAUUGGAUAUUACAAAUCCUCGGGACUUCAUUGACUACUUCCUAAUUCAAAGACUUCAGGAAAAUGGCAAUCAGCAGACUAUCUACAAUCUCGAUCAUCUGGUAUCACUGGUAACUGAUCUGUUUUUUGGUGGGACCGAGUCCUCAAGUUUAACAAUGCAAUUUGCUCUACUGCUCUUGAUGAAGCACCCACACAUCACAGCUAAAGUCCAGGAAGAGAUUGACCAUGUGAUUGGGAGACACCGCAGCCCCUGUAUGCAGGACAGGAUCCAUAUGCCUUACACAAAUGCCAUGGUGCAUGAGGUCCAGAGAUAUGCUGACAUUGCUCCAAAUAGUUUGGUGCAUGAAGUGAUCUGUGACACUAAGUUCAGAAACUACUUCAUUCCCAAGGGAACAGCAGUAAUAACAUCACUGUCAUCAGUGUUGCAUGACAGUAAGGAAUUCCCCAAUCCAGAGAUGUUUGACCCUGGCCACUUUCUAGAUGGCAAUGGAAACUUUAAGAAAAGUGACUACUUCAUGCCUUUCUCAGCAGGAAAACGGGUGUGUUUGGGACAGAGCCUUGCCAGCAUGGAGUUGUUUCUUUUCCUGACCACCAUUUUACAGAAUUUCAAACUGAAACCUUUGGUUGACCCAAAGGACAUGGAUAUAACCCCAAUACGUUCUAUAUUUUCUGUAAUUCCUCCAACUUUCCAGAUGUGCUUCAUCCCUGUCUAAUGAAGAUGAGAAAACAGCAGUGAAGAUGAGGAAAGCUCCUGCUGUGCUGUUUUUCUCAAUCACCCACAGAAGUCUUCAUUUCUCACUGUCCCAGAAAAGGCACUGUGUGCUUCCUUCCUCUCACAGCUUCUGUGCGCUAAUUGCUCAAGGAUGACAGUUCUCCAUUAUAGAGUUUCUGAAGUCAAUGUAAAAGAUCCUGAGGAAAAAUGUCACUGCAAAUAAUAGGGUUCAACUGAUAUACCCUCUACUUUUUUAUUAGAUAUUUUCUUUAUUUUCAUUUCAAAUGAUAUCCCCUUUUCAAAUUUCCCCUCCAAAAAAACCCCUGUUU